AAUACAUAAGUGCAGUUAGCAACGACAUGCUGUUUAAAAAUCAGGAAGAUUCGUUGGUGAUCAAAGGAACUAACGGACACGCAAAUGCCUAUAUGAAUGGACUUGCUACAAAAUUAGAAGAAAAACAGUCGACUCUUUCUAGGUGUUGUACUACAGAUCGGCGAAAAAAAGCAUUAAGUUUUUACGACAUAAAACGUUCAUGUAGAGAGCAAGGCCGUCUUUUUGAAGAUCUUGAUUUUCCUGCAGGUUCUAAGGCACUUUACCACCACAAAAAACCAUCUUUAAGUCCUAUUGUCUGGAUGCGUCCACAUGAAAUCUGUCAGCGACCACGUUUUAUCAAUAACACCUCUGACGAAUCUCCCAAAAGGUGUUCAAUUGAAUCUGGAGAAGUUGGAGACCAAAGAUUAUUGGCUGCUGUGUCUUCUUUAGCAUUAACACCAAAGUUGCUCGAACGAGUAGUUCCACCUGACCAAGAUUUUGAUGCGGCUAACUCAUAUUGUGGAAUUUUUCGUUUUAGGUUUUGGUGUUUUGGCGAAUGGAAAGAUGUAUUAAUUGAUGAUAAACUACCAACGUAUAAAGGAAGGAUGGUUUAUUUACAUUGUGCAAAUAAUUCAGAGUUUUGGGCAGCUCUUUUAGAAAAAGCAUACGCAAAACUCUAUGGAUGUUACGAGCAACUGUUAUAUGGAUCCACUACGAGAGCUCUACAAGAUUUAACAGGCGGUAUAGUUCAAAGUUUUGGUUUAUCACAUCAGGAUCGUUUUCUUACAUUUCAAGUAUUAAAUAGUGCAGUUCCAAGAUCUAGUCUAUUGAUAGCUACUAUAACACAGGAAAAAGAACCAAAAAGACAACUCAGGCUACGAAACGGCCUGAUUACGCAACACGCUUACAGCAUCACAGGUUUAGCCAGAGUACGAGGAGUCAAUGGAGAAGUUCCACUAGUCAGACUGAGAAAUCCGUGGGCGAAAGGCGAAUGGACUGGUCCUUGGAGUGAACGUUCAUGGGAAUGGGACGGGCUUUCCAAUAGGGACCAGGAUCUAUUAAGUAUAAAAGUGACAAAUGAAGGAGAAUUCUGGAUGUCUUUUGAAGACUUUUCACGACAUUUCACCCAACUCGACUUGGUUCAUAUAGGUCCAGACGAUUGGAUGAUGGAAGGAUCACUACACUCAAAACAACCCUGGAGGGCAGUCCUAGCCAGAAGAAGAUGGAGAGCUGGCUAUAACGCUGGAGGAGGACCAUCCAAUGUUGAUACAACAGCGAUGAACCCCCAAUUCCAUGUGCAAAUUCCUAGAACGUCUUCAAACAAAUGCCACGUGGUUGUUUCGAUUACACAAUAUUAUGAAACGAAAGAAUUUGAUGUAAAGAAGAAAAAAGCCCUUUUUGCAAUAGGUUUUGCAGUUUAUGAAGUACCAAAUUCAAUGCAGAGACUAACUUCACAUUUCGUCAGCGACCAGAAACCAUUAGACGUAACUAAUCAUUCGAUAGCAAGAGAAGUGGUUACUUUCUUCACUUUACCAUCAGGAGAUUACAUCGUUGUACCUCAAACCAACAUCCCAAAUUUAGAAGGAAAAUUUUUAUUGAGGAUAUUCACAGACGAACAGAGCGUUAUAUGGGAAGUAAAUGAAGAUAAUAUGCUUAUUAGAAACAUUGCAUCCGAGUUUAUGGAUCAUUCGGGUUCAUCCGUCGAGGGAGAUGGUAAAGCAACGAUAAAUAAAUUGCUGCUAAAAUAUUCAUCUGAAAUCGAUGCUAGUCAAUUACAGAAAAUCCUGAAAACUCACUGGAAACUGUAUCUAUCGGAAAAACCAAGCUUAGAAUUGUGUAAGAGUUUAAUCAUGCUAAGAGAUUUUAAUAUUAGUGGGAAAAUUAAUCUGGCAGAUUUACCAACAUUGCUGCAAGUUUUACAACAUUGGAGGUUAGCUUUUCAAAGAUUUGAAAAAAGUCACCACUGCGGCAAAACAUCCAGCUAUCACCUGAGGGCAUUAUUAUGGGAAGUUGGCUGCACCGUCAGUAAUAAAGUGUUAGAAUGUUUAAUUCUCAGGUUUGCCAAGGAUCGAGUAUUAACUGCAGAAAAUUAUAUUAUGGCAUUAGUACGAUUACAUCUUUCACAUGACAGGUAUCAUAAUCUGGAUACAAAAACAAAGAGCAAUCCUCUAACUUUAGAAGAGAUGAUCCUAAUGACCAUUUACUCAUGAAACACACGUGUGUAUACAAGACUAAACCAAAAACUAUUGGAUAUGAGAGUUGAAAUAUUUGGUUAACUGAGUAUUUUAAAAACCAAAGAAACUGUG